AAACCAAAGAAAUGACAGAUAAGCUACUUGAGUACACUGGAGAGCUUGUUGAAGGAAAGCUCGUCCCGACGGUAGAGAAGGACCCCUUCACCUUGGCUAUGGGAAAGCCCUACCAUCCGGGACGGGUAUUAGGUGUUGGGGGGAGCUUGCUAGGAUGGGAGAAGGUAAUGGGUCCCGAAUAUAUCAAAUCUGGAAGAUCCCGAGAAAGUGUGAACUCGCCACAGAACUUCGAUGCCACGGUGGCAUCAAUUAAAGAACAAGUGCGCAAUGAGAUGCGCGAAGAGUUCAAUGCAUGGGCGAAGCAAAUGAAUUUGCCGACCAUGCCCUUUUCCUCGACAACACUGGUCGACUCAAGUAGCCACCCACGAAGAGAAGGAGAACAGGAGAUAAAUGCACGCGAGGAGAUUGGUACUCCUUCACAUGCGUACUCAAGGGGGCUUGAUACUCCGACACCUCAUGACUUUCCUAUUCUACAAGUGAUUUUUUACUUACUUUUUUGGAUUGUGUUGUGUUUGUGUUGUCGUUGUUGGUGGUGUUGAUGGUGAUGUUGUUGUUAUUCUUUUAUAAUUGCUGUUUCUAAGAUAAUGUUGUUGUUCGUUUCAAUCAAUUUGCAAAGUUCUCCUCGGGAUUGCUACACUCCUAUUAGCAAAUCACGAAAAACCCAUGCUCACA